CUGGAACUUCAUUUUUUAAAAAUUGACUCAGACGAGAAUGUCCAGCAUGCAAUUUCUGCUCCAACAGAGCCCAACAGCUCAGUGGAGCACUCACUGCUACCUGGCAUGCUUCUUCAUCAUGAUCGCCUGCUCAAGACCAGUUUCACCCCUUUAUUCCCCUCCAGUGACAACAGGGAUUCGCUCUGCUUUCUCCGCCACACAAACAAACAGUGUGGUAGGAGGCAAGCAGAAGUCAGUGACCUUCAACAGGCUUACAGUCAACAUUGGAGGGGAUUUCAAUCCGGACACCGGUCAUUUCCGCUGUCGCAUCCCCGGAGCUUACUAUUUCUCCUUUUCUGUGGGGAAAUUUCCAAAGAAAAUGCUUUCUGUCAUACUGGUGAAGAAUGAGGAGGAGGUGCAGGCUAUAGCGUAUGAUGACUACCGCAAGAAAGGAAGGAAAGUUCAAAGCCAAAGCAUAAUGAUCACCUUGAAGGAAAUGGACACAGUGUGGUUACUGUUACAGCAGAGUCCCCAGUACGCUUUAUACAGCAAUGCCGGCCCUUACAUCACCUUCUCUGGUUACCUCGUCUAUCCCGACACCUCCACUAGCAGUUACAUCAGCAACCACCUGUCCCAACCAGGGAUGUACCACCCAAACUGUCCCCCCCAGGCUGAUUCAUGGGGUAGUCAGAUGUCAGAGCAGCCACGGUCUGCCUUCUCAGUGGCACGGACAUCCACAUUCAUGGGUCAGAGUGGUAGGCAGCAGGACAAACCACCUCUGACCUUUGAUGUGGAAUAUGUCAACAUUGGGGGCAGUUUCAACAAAACCUCAGGCCUGUUCACCUGCUACUUCCCGGGGGCCUACUACUUUGCUUUCACUGUGGGGAAACACCCCCGCAAGGCUGUUUCUGUAAAGCUGAUGACAGGGAAGGGUGAGGUGCAGGCCAUGGUGUUUGAUGAGGACACAUCGAAGAGGCGAGAGAUGCAGAGUCAGAGUUUGCUGCUGUCUCUCCGUCAAGGCGACAGAGUGUGGCUGUACAGUCAGCAGGAUGAGCGCUAUGCCGUGUACAGCAACCAGGGAAGGUACACCACCUUCUCUGGCUUUCUGGUGUAUCCCGAAGCAGAACCAGUCCCCUCUCCCACAAACCAGGACAGAACUCAUCUCUAA